AUGGACGACCCGUCUCUGCUUGCUCUCGUUGCCGUCCGAGUCGCGCUUGCCUUCGCCCCAGUACCUGAGACCUUCAAAUAUGAUCAGCAGCUCUCGUCACCACUGACAGCCUACUCACGGUUACGCGAGGGUAUCUACCUGUUCGAUCAUGGCGUCGACCCAUAUUCAGGAGGGUCAUUCAGACAUUCCCCUCUGUUGCUAUCGCUCUUCUCGACAGCGUUACCGUUGACGCGCUACACGUCGCCAGUCUUGUGGACUGCUGCAGACGUCCUUGCUGCCUGGGCACUCGCACGAAUAUGGAGGCUUAGGACAGGAGCAAAGUACACUAAGAGGGACAAGCAGGUCAUCGCACUCUAUCUAUUCAACCCGUAUAUUCUCCUCCCCAGUUUGGCGCUCUCGACCUCCUCCAUAGAAAACUCCUUGACCCUCCUCUCCCUGAUGUUUGCGUCUCGGGGCCGAGCAUCGGCAUCGCUCUUCGUCUUUGCCAUCCUCAUCCAUAUAUCUCUACCGUCUCUGCUGCUCCUCGUUCCUAUUCUUCUCUUGAGCAUUUCGAGGCCUGUCUCGAGUCUCACGGUGCCCCACCCAUUUGCCGGAGAUCCAAAGGGAGCGCUGCCAUUGCUGGGCGAGUUCCUUGGAUAUACUGCGCUGCUUUCCUUCGCGUCGACAUUAGUGUGCGGGAAUUGGUCUUGGAUAGAGAAGACAUGGGGAGCUUUCAUCACCCUUCCAGACCUCACGCCCAAUCCUGGUUUGUGGUGGUAUUUCUUCACGGAAAUGUUCGACCACUUCCGUCCGUUCUUCCUCUUGGUCUUUACGGUCCAUUUGCUCAUAUAUAUCGCCCCGAUAUGCAUCAAGUUCCAGCAUGAUAUGCUUUAUGCCGUGUUCCUUCUCGUUGGCAUCCUCGCGGUUUUCAAGCCAUACCCCACGCUCUCCGACCCCGGGCUCUUCAUCUCCAUGUUUAGCCUAUUCCCAGAGACUUACCCAUACCUUCGUCACCCGAUUGUGACGGGAUUAAUCCACCUGCAUGCGUCACUCCUGCUUCCCCUUUUCAACAGCCUCUGGCUGCGGCAAGGGACAGGGAAUGCUAACUUUUUCUAUGCGUCUACCCUUGUGUUCGGCAUGGGCAACGGUGCCGCCCUUCUGGAUGCAGUGUGGGCAGGCCUCCGAGUAGCGAUUGGCAAGCUGGAUGAUGGCUACGAGGUGGUACAGGAAUGA